AUGUCAAAGGUACCGACACAAUCCACCACAAAGAAAUGGAUGAGUCAGCGAGCUCUCGCGCGCGCAGAGGACUCAUCGAACCGCAAAGCCACUGUCACAGCACAGCCUCCGCCACCAGCGCCCCACGAGCACUCAUCCCCACCGCCGCCGCCGUCGUCGUCAUCAGUACAGCUUCCCCCAUCGUUGGUAUUUGAGCGCCAAGAAGCAGUGGAUGCGCUGAGCAAUUUAUAUCACAACACGGAAAACGUAAAUACAAUUGAGACAGGUCCAGCCGUUUUGGAGCAGCGGGACGUUUCAAAAUUCCAUGAGGGGUUUAUGGAAGCCCUUAAAGCAGCUGGAUAUGCCUAA